GGGAAAUCUACAGAGUAGCAGAUUAUUCCCAAAGGCUUUGUGUAAGCAACAUAAGGAUGUCCUUCACAGAUCCUCUGUCACACUGACAGUUUGGGGAGUUGACGCAAAGGCUCAGUUUAAGACAUGGAGCAACCCAAUAUCCAGGAUCAUCUGAUUAGACAAAAGGAGUUGAUCAAAUAUAGACUGAAGAAACUGAAUGACAAGCAAAAUGAAAUCAAAUCAAAGUCUUCAGUGAUGAGAGAAAACACAGUGAAGAAGUAUAAAGAGAUGCAGAGAGUUCUGGAGGAGGACUGUAGGAUCACUUUAUCUCUGCUGGAGAUAGAGGAGACAGCUACAGUUCAUGCACUGGACGAUCUCAUUGAUACAAACUGUGUCCUUCUCAAAGACAUUGAAUUGCAACUAAAUCAAGGACUGAUGGACAAUGGCAUAAAGCCUGUUGAAAGGGUCACAAUGUUUGACAACAGGGUACAGGAACUGCUAAGAACGACAGACCCAGGUCUGGUAAAGCUUGAUGAGGCGAAAUCAGAUCAGCUACUGGGCCUAACCAACAAUCUACUGCUGUUUAUCCGUUCUCAGAUACCUAUUGCUAAGAGGUUGCUGAAGAGCUAUUCCACAGAAGUGAUUCUAGAUCCGACCACUGCCCACCCAAAGCUGAUUAUUUCAUCUGCAGGGGACUGUGCCACUUUUACAGAUGUAUGGCAGGAUGUCCCCGAGGACAAGGGGCGCUUUGACACCACCCUUAACGUUCUUAGCCUUCAGAGCUGGGAUUCAGGUCGCCAUUAUUGGGAGGUCGAUGUUAGUGAGAAGUUAUACUGGGAGCUGGGUCUCACCUACCCUUCCAUCUCAAGAAAAGGUCAAAAGGAGGACUGCUGGUUAGGCCGACAUGCUGAGUCCUGGUGUCUGGAGUAUUUUGAUGGAGACUACAAUGCAUGGCAUGGAGGUACCGCCCAUCCUUUACCCAUCUCAACAUGCUUUCGGCGGAUAGGGAUUCUCUGCAGCUUUUAUGGAGGUCUGGUGACAUUUUUAGGCGUGGACAACAUGACACCACUGUACUCAUUCUGUACUGGAACAUUUACAGAUGCACUACAUUUGGCUCUGUGUCCAGGUCAUGAUCUUCAGGGGACAAACGCGAAACCAAUUAAAAUCUGUCAAUCAUAA